AGAGAGAGAGAGAGAGAGAGAGAGAGAGAGAGAGAGAGAGAGAGAGAGAGAAUGAGAAUGAACGAAACGGAUGAGAAGAGGGCAGCAGUACUACGGGAAUGGUUCGAUCGAGUUGACUCAGACAAAAGUGGAAGCAUAACCGCGCUCCAACUCAAGACAGCUUUAGCUGUGGGAAACCUUGAAUUUUCCCUCUCAGUGGUUCAGCAGAUGAUCAGGAUGUACGAUUUUGACAGGAAUGGUACCAUGAGUUUUCAAGAAUUUGUUGCCCUCAACAACUUCCUUCUCAAGGUUCAACAUGCAUUUUCUGAUCUAGAAAGGGGUCGUGGUUUUCUUUUGCCUGAUGACGUGUUUGAGGCUUUGGUGAAAAUUGGUUUCAUGCUGGAUUCUCCUGCUUUUUACUCUGUCUGCGAGAGCUUUGAUCAAAGUAAAAAUGGGAGGUUUCGGCUGGAUGACUUCAUAUCACUCUGUAUAUUCUUACAAUCAGCUCGGAAUCUAUUUAAUUCAUUUGAUACUGCAAAACAAGGCAGAGUUACUCUUGAUCUGAAUCAAUUUGUCUAUUGUAAUGCCAACUGUAGGAUAUGAUUCGACUAUGUGGUGACUUGUGAAGAUGAUUUUCAAAUACUUCAUUUUGUGAAAUACUGCCUCGGAGACAUUCAAAUACCAGUUUAAGUUGUGUUGUAAUUGUAUCAGAUCAAUCUAAAGGACAUUUUAAGCUUGUGCUCUGGUUGCUGUUCGUCUGCCAAAAAUACAUUAAUAGCUUCUUCUUUAAUGUUGUAAUUUUUUUAAUAAAACGUUUUUAAUCCCGUGCGUG